CCUCCUCCACCAUGUCCUCUUCUUCCUCCUCCUCCUCCUCCUCCUCCUUCUCCUCCUCCUCCACUAUGUCUUCUUCUUCCUCCUCUUCCUCCUCCACCAUGUCCUCCUCCUCUAUUAGAAAUGAUCCUGAGUCUGAAACUGCAGCUGUGACACUGGUGUCCUCCACAGUUUUUGGCGUCACCUCUAAGGUCACUGCUGAUGUCACCACAGAGGUCACCACCACCUCUGAGGUGACCUCUGGUGCUAACGUUGGUUCAUCUGCUGUUUCUGACACAACUUGUACAACUACUAACAACAACCUUUCACCUGCAUCCACCAGCACUACAUCUCCUCCUAUGACCACACCUCCUCCUACAACGAUAACCCCUCCUACAACUAUCCCUCCACCUACAACUACCCCUCUUCCUACAACUGCUCGCAUACCUUCAACAGCAGAUAAGACCUCUACAUCCAUCAUGGAGACACAGCCACCAUCCACCCCUCCACCUCCAUCCACCAUUUCCCAGACUCCGUCCACAGUCACCUCGACACUGCCAACGCUCUCUACAGUUCAUACAACACUCUCAGUGAGCACCACGAUGUCUCCAACAGCCGGGGCAGUGCCUCCUGGAUGGCUCACCACCUCAACUCUAACAGUCCCACCUACAAGUCCAACAAACACUCCUACGACGACAACCACGCCCACUACCACACCUACAACAACAGAAAGUGCAGCCAUGACAACAACCAUCAAGACCACUCAACCCACAACCACAACCAGUAUGACACCUGUUGCUACAACAACAGCCAGAACAACCACAGCUGCUCCUCCUCCUCCAACUACACCUGCACCUACGACUUCAGGAUCAACCACCUCUUCACCUGCCUCCCUCUGCUCUGUAAACUUCACGGACAUCAGCUCGACUUCUAAUUCUGUCGUGGUGACGUUCAUCACCGCCGGCCUGUCCUGUGACUUCAGCCUGUCCACUGACAACGCAUCCCAGCCUCAGCCUGCUCACUGUGACCCGGAUGGAGAGAACAGCAGCAGCUUCACCUGUCACAUCACGGGACUGGAUCCUGGGACUCUGUACGGUUUAACGGUCAUCUCCAGGACUGAUGGAGAGAGGAGCGAUGCGUCUGUGCGCACAGAGCCGGUCGGUCCAGCCUGGUUGGACGUCCAGCUGGACAAGCUUCAGCCUGAGUACAGAAGCCAGUCUGUGGUUCACAGAGGUGCUCCAGGUUUGCGGGUGUCCUGGUCUCGUUCUGCUGGUCAUGUGGACUGGUAUGAUGUGACUCUGGCAGACUCCAGCUCCAGAUCCACCCGCAGGACCAGAAUCAUGGAUUCUGCAGCUCCCCAGUCUGGUUUCAUCUCCCUGGUCCCUGGGACUCUGUACACCAUCAGCGUGGUGGCUACAGCCGGGAACAAGAGUGCUCCACCUGUUCAGAGGACAGCAGCUACAGCUCCGUCCCCUGUCCGCAGCCUCCAGGUGGCGUCCUUGUCCGCAGACAGCCUCAGUGUCUCCUGGCAGGUCGGUCCGGGCAGAGCUGAGCAGUUCAGGGUUCUGCUGACAGAUCAGGAAGCCGUUCUGUUGAAGAACAUCACUCUGCCAAACUCAGUGACCUCCGCUGAGCUGGACAGCCUGCAGCCAGGAACUCUGUACAACGUCACCGUGGUAACGGAGGCUGUCGGCCUGCAGAGCUCUGCCUCCAUACAGGCUGUCACAGUCCCAGCACUGGUCUCAGAUCUGCAGCUGGACAACAAUGGCAGCUCAGACAGUCUGCAGGCCUCCUGGCUGUCACCUGAAGGAGGUGUGGACGCCUACCUGGUGACCCUGACCGCUGUGGGGUGGACGCCACAGGAGCGCCUCCUGCCUGCCAACAUCACUCAGGUGGUGUUUGAGGGUCUGACCCCCGGUCGCAGCUACCAGCUGUGUGUAAAGACCAUGGCUGGAGGACGGAGCUCAGAGACCAGGACUAGUGGGAGGACAGUCCCUCAGCCGGUGUCGUCUCUCUCCAUGACGCCUCUGGGUAAUGGCAGGACACUGAUGCUCAGCUGGACACCCCCCAGAGGAGACUGGGAGAACUACAGCAUCCUGCUGAGGAACAGCUCAGAGGUUCUGGUGAACCGGACCAUCAGUAAACCUAGCAGACAGCACGCCUUCUCCACCUUCGGCCUCGGCCUGGUGCCGGGUCGACUCUACGGGGCAGAGGUCACGGUUCACAGUGGCAGUCUGAGUAACACGGUGCGCUGCGAAGGACGACUGGCCCCUCGUCCCGUGCAGCAGCUGCUCAUCCGUCACACUGAUGACACCACUCUGAGUGUCAAGUGGAGUCGACCAGUCGGUGAGUGGGACGACUUCACUGUAGUCGUCAUAGAGGCGGACCCCGCCACCGUCGUGGCUCAGAGGAUUCUCCCCUGGGACGCUAGAGACUGCACCUUUAACAUCCUCACCUCAGGACGCCUGUACACCGUCACCGUGACAACCAACUCUGGCAAUCUGACCAGCUCUGCCUCUGUGACCGCACGGACCAGUCCGGCUCAAGUCACCACGCUGCAGGUCUCUAACCUCGGCAGCACCGACAGCCUGCAGACGCAGUGGGAGCGAGCCUCCGGAGACCUGGACUCGUACCGUGUCCUGCUGGUCCAUGACAGCAGUGUCAUCAAGAACGAGAGCGUGGAGGCUGAUGCCACCAGCAUCACCUUCCACACUCUGAGACCCGGAGCUCUCUACAAGGUGGUGUUAACCACCAUCAGAGCCGGACAGAUCUCCAGACAGGCUGUGGCAGAGGGCCGCACCGUCCCAGCUGCAGUGGGUGAGGUCACAGUCAGUAACAACGGUCGCAUGGACUUCCUGAGUGUGUCGUGGCGUGCGGCUCCAGGUGACGUGGACAGUUAUCUGGUGACGCUGAGUGACCACCAGAAGACACUUCACACUGUCUCUGUCUCUAAAUCCAGUCCAGAGUGUGUGUUUAACUCUCUGGUGUCCGGACGUCUCUACAACAUCUCCAUCACCUCCCGCAGCGGUACCUACCUGAACCACACCUUCAUCCAGGAGAGAACACAGCCGUCGCAGGUCCAGAACCCGACAGCAACCCACUCUGCUCGUGACGACUACCUGAAGGUGUACUGGCGUCAUGCCGCUGGAGACUUUGACUUCUACCAGGUGUUCAUCAAACACAACAACAUGUUCCUGCAAAACAAGACGGUUCUAAAGACGCAGAACGAGUGUGUGUUUACCUGCCUGGUGCCCGGCAGACUCUACACGGUGCUGGUGAGCACCUGGAGCGGGAAGUAUGAAACCAGCGCCUCCACCCACGGCAGGACCUUCCCAGCGGCGGUCCGGUCCCUGGCUUUAGCUGGACAGGGUACCGAGGACCUGCGGGUGACGUGGUCCUCUCCUCCGGGUGACGUGGAUCACUACGAGGUGCAGCUGCUGUUCAACGACAUGAAGGUGUUUCCCCCGAUCACUCUUGGCAGUGGUGUGGACGAAUGUGUGCUGUCAUCGCUCACACCUGGACGGCUCUACAAGAUCCUGGUUUCCACCUUCAGCGGACCCAACCAGAAGGCCCAGUUCAUCGAGGGCCGCACAGUUCCCAGUAAAGUGAAGAACAUCCACGUCAGUAACAGCGGAGACAGCAGCAGUCUGAAGGUGAGCUGGACUCCCGGUCAGGGCGAUGUGGACGGAUACUCGGUGUUCCUUUACCGACAGGACAGACAGCUGGACGUCCGGCCCGUCCUCAAACACCACAACGAGGUGAUGUUUGGCUCCCUGCAGCCUGGACAGAUGUACAGAGUGACGGUUCAGUCUGUGAGCGGAGAGCUGCUCAACAACAACACGGCCACAGGACGCACAGUUCCCUCUGCAGUGACGGGUCUCCAGGUGGAGGACCUCCACUCCACCUGCAGCCUGCAGGUGAGCUGGCAGGAAGCUCUGGGUGUGUCUGACGGAUACGUCCUGCAGGUUCUGGAUGAACGAGGAAGUCUGGUGACAAACUCCUCUCAGCUGUCCGGACACACCAGGUGCAGGUUCGACGGCCUCACCCCGGGCAAGAAGUAUAGAGUCCUGGUUCAGACCACCAGCGGAGGGGUCCACAGCGUAGGGGUCAGCGCUGAGGCUCAGACACGUCCUGCCGCCGUCACUGAUCUCUCCGUCAAAGCCAACACCACCACCAGUCUGUCCUUCAGCUGGUCCCCACCUGACGGAGAGUUCGACCUUUAUGAGAUGUUCUUGUACAAGAGUGACGACGCGCUGCAGGAGAAACGGCGUGGACAGCCCAGCAGUCAGCAGUGCUCCUUCCAGGGUCUCAGACCUGGAGCUCCGUACAGGAUGGUGGUGGUGACCCACAGCGGAGAGCAGAGCAACCAGUCAGCUGUCUGGGCCAGGACAGUCCCUGCAGCUGUGGUGUCUCUGAAGGCUCACACUGGAAACCAGUCUGAUGCUCUGCGGGUGAACUGGGAUCAUGGCGGUGGUGAUUUGAGCGGAUACCUGCUGUUUCUCUACAACCCUGACGGCUCUCAGCGGGCCGAAAAGAAGCUGGGCUCAGAGGUCACAGAGUUUGUCUUCUUAGGCCUGGUACCGGGUCGACUGUACCGGGCCGAGGUGCUGAGUGUCAGCGGAGAACUUACCAACAGAGCCAGCACACUGGGAAGGACUGCUCCCAAACCUCCCACCUCCUUCCUGUUCGCGGGGAUCACCAACACCUCCCUGGAGAUCACCUGGAGCGGCCCCAUCGACUCCGACUAUGACGACUUUGACCUGCAGUGGACCCCUCGGGACCGACUGUCCGUUAUCAACCCGUACCACAGCCGAACCUCUGGCAGCCGCAUCCUGAGAGGGAUGUUCCCCGGACGACUCUACACUUUCAGCCUCCGCAGUGUCAGCGGGGCCACGCAGCCCGGGGCCACACCCACCUAUAGCACACCCAUCUACAAAAGCAUCCGGACCAAACCGGAGCGAGUCCACAGCCUCCACUGUCGUCCUCAGAGCUCCACCUCCAUCUCCUGCUCCUGGGGGCCCCCUGAGGCUGACUACGACUCCUACACCAUUGAGUGUCUCCACCAGGACUCCCAGGUGCUGGUCUACUCCAGACGCACCGGCAGAGACUCCACCUCCUACCUCAUCACCCAGCUGGAGCCCCACAAACGCUACACCAUCUCCGUUAAGGUGAUCUCCAACCAGACGACCAGUGAGGAGGCUCAGUACAGCGUGGUCACCAUGAUCGACCGUCCUCCGGUGCCCCCCCUCAGUACACGAGUCAGUGACAAGUCUGCUGUGGUCAGCAAGUCCUCCAUCUUCUUCAGGUUUAACUGCAGCUGGUUCAGUGAUGUGAACGGAGCCAUCAAGUUCUUCACUGUGGUGGUGACGGAGUCUGAAGGUGCUGAUGAAGAGCAGCCGGACCAGCAGCACCCUCUGCCCUCGUACCUGGAGUAUAAAUCCAACAGCUCCAUUAAAUCCUACCAGACCAGUUACUUCCCCAGUCGUUGCACCGAGGGCCCUGACAGCAGCUCUCACAGCUUUGACAUCACUGUGGGGACGGGGAUGGACUCACUGGGGGGCUCCUGUGAGCGCACAGACCUGGAUCCAGAGACCAGCAGAGACCGAAACCAUUUCUGUGACGGACCGCUAAAACCUAAAACUGCCUACAGGCUCAGUGUUCGAGCGUUCACUCAGCUGUUUGAUGAGGAGAAUAAAGACUUCAGCAGUCCGCUGUACAGUGACACUUACCUGUCAUUACCUGUGGUCACUGAGCCAGAACCUCUGAGCGGUGUGAUCGAAGGAAUCAGUGCUGGCAUGUUCCUCGUCCUCAUGGUGGUGGGAGUCACCGCUCUGCUGGUCUGCAGACAGAAGGCUCGCAAAGUGGUUCAGGAGAGAGCGACGGUCAGGAUGAAUGUGAGGAGAGAAAGAUCGACAUCAGGAGUCCACCUGGGAGUCAGAGGCAACCGCCGAGUCUCAAGCCCCAUCAAGGUCCUGAACUUUGACUUUCACUACAACAAACUGCAGGCCGACUCCAACUACCUGCUGUCAGAGGAGUACGAGGAUCUGAAGGACGUCGGUCGCAAUCAGCCACUGGACUCGGCUCUGCUGCCGGAGAACCGUGGCAAGAACCGUUACAACAACAUCCUGCCCUACGACUCGACGAGGGUGAAGCUGUCUUACGUGGAUGAUGAUCCAUGCUCUGACUACAUCAAUGCCAGCUACAUGCCUGGGAAUAACUUCCGGCGGGAGUACAUCGCCACGCAGGGUCCUCUGCCGGGAACUAAAGAUGAUUUCUGGAAGAUGGUUUGGGAGCAGAAUGUCCACAACAUGGUGAUGGUCACUCAGUGUGUGGAGAAAGGAAGGGUUAAGUGUGACCACUACUGGCCCUUUGAUCACGACCCUCUGUACUACGGAGACCUGAUCGUCCAGAUGUUGUCGGAGUCUGUCCUUCCUGAGUGGACCAUACGAGAGUUCAGCAUCUGCAGCGAGGAGCAGCUAAGCUUCACUCGGCUGGUCCGUCAGUUUCACUACACAGUGUGGCCGGAUCACGGCGUCCCAGAGACCACGCAGUCCCUCAUCCAGUUCGUCCGGACUGUUCGGGAUUACGUCAACAGAAGUCCUGGAUCGGGACCGACUGUGGUCCACUGCAGUGCUGGAGUGGGUCGUACGGGAACCUUCAUCGUUCUGGAUCGAGUUCUGCAGCAGCUGGACACCAAGGACACGGUGGAUAUCUACGGCGCUGUCUUUGACCUGAGACUUCACCGAUCACACAUGGUGCAGACGGAGGGUCAGUAUGCGUACCUCCAUCAGUGUGUUCGUGACGUCAUCAGAGCCAGGAAGCUCCGCAGUGAGCAGGAGAACCUCUGCCCCAUCUAUGAAAAUGUGAACUACAGCUCCCAAAGAGAGACGCUGUGCACCAGACGUUAAAGAUUGUACUGACUACUGAUCAAUAUGUUUGACUACUGAUCAAUAUGUUGAGCACUACUGGGAAACCCAAUUUCUAUUUUUAUAUCAGUGUUUUAUAUUUGAAACAUCAGAUGUUUCCAAACAGAGUAAAACUUUAUUUAUGUAACAUGCAGGAUUAAUAUCAACAGAACUGUACAUAUACUUUAUAUCUGUGUGUAUUUGUAUAUAUUUUAAAUAUAUAUAUGAUAUAUUUCUAUAUCUGCUGCUUUUUAAAUUAUGUAUCGUCUUUGUGUUUUAUGAGCUUUAAUAUUUGCACAUUGCAGUUAUCAUAGAGAACAUCACAAGCUUCUGUAAACUCUGUUUGACAUUGAAGGCCUGCUGUGGUUUUCUGAUUCAUGAUGAUGAUGAUGCAUCAUGCUGAAUCAGCAGCUAAUCUUUUUUAAUAUAUGAUGAUAAGUGAUUGAUGAUGAAUGAAUGAGUCAGUGAAGGGGCGGACAGACUGUUCAGGGUCUGCUGUGGCUUCUUCUCAUGAUCCAUCCAUGUCAUGAUGUCCUCUGUGACAGUAAAUAUUCAUGAGCACAUGUGCAGGUUUUAUUUAUUGACAGUUAAACACUCUGAAAGUGUUUUUGUUUAUUAGAUUUAAUUGACAACAAAUUGAUUCACAUGUUGUUUUUAACUGCACUCUAAAUCAGUGAGAAAAGCAGAAACGUGUCAUGUAAAAUACCCCAAACUGAAACAUUUACACUGAAACAUUUAACUACACACAAAAGCUUUACAUCUGUCACUUUUAAAAAGAAGCUAAAACGAAAAUGUUCUUUUAAAUAUUCAAGAAGUGCAUUAAUUUUGUAGUGUUGAUUCGGCAGGGUCAAGAGAAAUGUGUGUUUUAAUCAUAAAUGUAUGUAAGAUAUCAUUUUAAAUGUGCAUAAUGUAUUUUAUUUUUUACCACUUUAACUGUAUUUUAUUUUGUAAGAACAUGCUGUGUGUGAGAGCGGUUAAUUAAACACCAAAGAAGAAGUAGA